UAUUUCGGCUGGUACACACAGCCCAAAAUUUUGAAGCCCAUGUAUUUCCCCUCCCUCUCUCCCUCUCUCAAUCUCGAUUGCAACAGAGUACUUUCGUUCUUUUUCUGCGUCAACUCAUGUAUUGAUAGAGAGGCAAGACGAGAGCAAGCGCACACGAAUCGCGGCGAAUCCCACCACCUUGCAGACCGGCGACGGUAACGGCAACGGCGGAGAAUCUACCCACCCCAUCUUCUCAGACCAGAGCAGAGGACAAAGUCAAUCAGAAUAGCACAGCAGGGAAAAACAAAAAAACUGGGUCACGAAAACAGCAAAAUCAAACUGGGCCAAACAAAACUGGGCAAAAAAUACAAAACUGGAAGAUACAUUGCAAAAAAAAGAUUGAAAGCUGGAAGGCCAAUCCGCCCAGUUUCGGGACGGGCUUAGCUUUUCAACCCGUUUUCUCCAUGUGGGCUGAUCCGCUGGUCCGAAUUUGGCGGGUUUUCAAUCCGUUUUCUCCAUGUGGGCUGACCUGCUGGUCUGAAUUUGGCGGGCCAGCAGUGGGGUGGGCUGAAUUUGCCACCCGUACCGUAUAACUUAAAAGGGAUGGGAUUACCAAAUUCUUCUGAGGACUUGUCAUCGGAGAUGGAGGUUGAUGCCUUUAGACGCCUUUUCCCACUUCGUUAUUUUGAGCGUCAUCUUGCCGAAUCAAUAAGGCCUGAUGGUAGACCACUUGGAAAAAGCAGAGAAACAAGUAUUUUUUUUGGUGCUGUUUCCACUGCUAAUGGGUCAGCUCUAGUGAAGAUUGGAUCAACUACUAUGUUGACUGCUAUUAAAAUGGAGGUUAUGACACCCUCCCUGGAGUCACCAGAUGAGGGCUGUCUAGCUGUUGAUUUCUUCAUGCCUCCAAUCUGUUCUCCAAUUGUUAGGCCUGGCAGGCCUGCUGAAGCAUCACCAGUGGUGUCAAAGCAAUUGUCUGAUACCAUUUCAAGUUCUAGAAUGAUUGAUUUGAAAGAAUUGUCUCUGGUUAGUGGAAAAGCUGCAUGGAUGACUUACCUCGAUAUUUAUUGUUUGGAUGCUGAUGGUGCUCUUUUUGACGCUGCAUUACUUUCUGCUGUUGCUGCUUUGUCUCAUUUGCAAAUUCCUGCUGUUGCCAUGAAUGAUGAUGGCAAGAUAGUACUUGUGUCUGAUGAAGAUGGACAAAACCAAGCACAGGAACCAGUCAAUAAGGAAAAGAGGAAGCUUACAUUAAGAAGCAUUCCCUUCUCAUUAACAUGCAUACUUCACAAGAAUUACAUCUUGGCAGAUCCUACUGCAGAAGAAGAAUCCAUUGUGGAAACCCAUUUGACAAUAGUUUUGGAUACAUCUGGCCAGCUAAUAUCUCUUUACAAGCCCGGUGGGCCCGUUCUUGCCUAUACUUCUGCUAUCCAGGAUUGUGUAGCGUUAACCCGGCAAAGAGUAAAGGAACUAAAAGGCCUCUUAGACAAGGAAAAUUCUGCUAUGGAGGUUUGAGUAGAAUUAUGCAAUCAUAUUUUUUUGACCUGAAUGUUAUAUCAAUUUGUACAUUCUAGAUACUGCGGCAUUAUCACACUUGUUUGAUGGAUUUUGCGAUUUAAUUGUUAAAAA